CAUAUUGAAUUUCAUAUUGACAGUUGUUCCAAAGAUUUUGCAUCCGAGGCACAAGAAAGUGAAAGGUAUUGGUGGAAUAAUCAGCGAUUUCAGGACAUUUGUCCUUAACCUUUAAUGGUUGUGUUUCAACCAAGACAUGGACGAAGAUGAACGACAGAGGAAACUAGAUGCUGGAAGAGCAAAGAAAUCCACCAACAUGCAGCACAGUCAGUUGCUUGCUAGCUUCCGACAGAAAAGGGCGAAAGGCGACGGUCAAGUCGCGCAGAAAAAGACGCAGAAGAGGAAGGGCCCGUCUCCAACGCAGAAUGACGGCCCAGCGCAAGGUCGCCCCCUAGGGAUGGACCUCCAGACAGACGGCAGCGCCACACAGCAGGACGACAUGUGUAACAAUGAGGAACCACAAUGUAUUGGGGAGACAGAUCAGAGCCAUCUUCCAGAGGUCCAGUGGAGCCAGGGGCACUUGGAGCAACACCAUCCCCAGGAGGGAAGCAGUGUCCUGGGGAGGCAGGCGGUCAGUGGGCAUCCUGAGGAGAUGGAGGUUGUGGGAGAGGAGGUCCUAGUGGUUCGCACUGGAAAAGAUCAGCUCAAGCAGUUACAGGCCGCAGUAGAGAAGCGUAAUGAGAUCAUCAGCAGACUGAGCUGUAACCUGCAGGAGGCGCUGGAGACCAGAGACAAGGAACAGCAGGAGGCCUUCUCCCUCACUGGACAGAUACAGGCUCUGAAGAUGCAGCUACAGCAGACCUCUCAGUUCUUUGGCUCCAGGACCCAGUGGGGCUCAGAGCUCUCCCUAGCCCAACGGCAGGCCUCCCGGCCUGGCCACAGCUCCCACGACCUUCCCUCACUCCCCAACCACCUGGAGGUCCCAGUAACAGAACCAGGGAACCAAAUACGCACACUCCGAAUGGAACAUGAACAGACUGGAGCUGGGUGUGAGAGCCCAGAACAAUGUAUUGAUCCUGAGAUGGAUGUACUGAUACACACAUUGAGGAGAGAGCUGCUAGAGGAGAGGGAGAAAAACCAGCUCAUGCUUUCCCAACUAGAAGAGGAGAGGACAGGGAGGGAGGAGGAGAGGAGAGAGAUCCACCAGUACAAGGAGGAGAAGGAGGUGUUGAAUAGGGAAUUGCAGGAGCUAAGGAGGAGACUGGAGGAGGAGAGGGAGAGAAGGAACGAGAGGGAGGAUGAGCGAGAGAUCAGGGAAAGACAGGAAGAGGAGAAGAGGAGACUUGGAGAGGAGGUGCAGAGAGUCCGACAGGUGUUGGGGGAGAGAGGGAGAACGAGAGAGGAGUUGGGGUUCAAGGCUUCUAAAGACAAACUGAACCAGGCCAAGGCUAGUGUGGAGGAGGAUGGAGAGAGGGAGGGGGAGGAGAGAGAGGAGUGCCUUCUAGACCUGUCCCUCCCCACUGAUGGCACCCCGCUGUUGGAGCGCUACCUCCCCUCGGCCCUCCCCUCACACACACACUUGUCCUGGGCCAAUGAAACUCUGGAGGAGUGCAGCUUUCUGGAAGGGCACAGCCUGCUGGACAACUCUGGCAACUACAGGUUUGAGCUGGACAGUGACAUCAUCAGCGGUGGUGACCAAUCCCAGCUGUCCUUUUCGCAGGAAGAACAGACUCACUUUUCUGUCCCACAAUCCACUGCACAGUCCCACCACCCCGACCCUGAGAACGAAACCUUGCCCUCUUUCGCCUCCCAGUGGCAGAACGACCCCCUCUCUGUCUCACGAGACGCCAGCGAGACCUCUGAGAGGCUCAGUGAGACGUCGGAGAGUCAGGAGGUCUCAGACCUGGGCAAGGAGCUGCUCAUCCAGCAGUGUGGAGACCUCAGGGAGGAGGUGGCUCUGAGGGAGAGGGAGAAGGAGGUGGUGAUGGAGGAGUUGAGGAGGAGCGCUGAGGAUCUGGAGGAGGCCAGGGCCAGGUGGGCCCAGGUCUCUGAGGAGCUGCAGGAAGUGCACUGGGAGCUUGAGGAGGAGCGAGAGAAGAGGAGGAGAGCUGAGGAGGAGGUCAGCCUGAAAACACACGAGGAGGACAAUCUGAAGAACAGACUCUGCACCUUAAUGGAGGAGAGAGAGAAAGAGAUGGAGAGACUCAACUCCUCUCCUCUCCUAGAGAAGGAGGGAGGUAUCCUCCUCCCCAGCCAGGAACGAGUGAUGGAACAGCUAAAAGCGGAGAAAUCUCUCCUCCUCGCUCGUCUAAAACCGCAGGAGGAGCUGCUCUCCUCUGUCCGGUUGGAGAUAGCAAGCAACAAGGAGAAAGAUGAGGAGGAGAAGAGUGUCCUCUCCAGGUUGAAGCAGCAGCAGGAGCAGCUGGUCUCCUCUCUGCAGGAGGUGAAAUGGGCAGGAGACUCUGUCUCCUCUGAAGUUCAUGCUCUGUUUGGAAUACGGCUACAGUCACUACAGACCCAUUGUGACCAGCUUCUAGCCCUGCUGGAAGAAACUAAAACCAGGCACAAAACCACCACCGCUCUCCUCAGUCAGAAAACCCUGGAGCUCGACACCGCUCAGAAAGAGAUGCACAGAGUCCAGAAGGAGGCGGAGACAGCGAGGCAGGAGGCGGAGGAGAGGGAGAGGAGGACGGAGGAGAGGGAGAGGAGGACAGAGCAGACGGAGAGGGAGAAAACAGAGGUAGAGUCUGAGUUGCUGUGUCUGAGACAGAAUCUGUGGAACCUGGAGGAGCUGCAGGCCCAGGGAGUGAGGGAGAGGGAGGAGGGCAGGAGAGAGGAGGAGAUGGACAGAACCACACAGAGGAUGGAGAAGGUGAUGGAGGAGUUCCAGAGACAGCUCCGAGACAAGGAGGAAGAGGUGGCGGAGGAGAGGGAGAAGUGGGAGGAGGAGAGGCAGGAGAAGGACGAGGAGGUGCAGGGGGUGAGACGCCUGCUGGAGGAGCAGCGGAGGGAGAGGGAGCAGGAGGUGAAAGCGCUCCUGGAGCAGCAGAUGCGGUCUGUGGAGGAGGCCACAGAGAGACUGAGAAGAUCUCACAGUGAGGACGUGCAGGAGCUGCAGGAGAAACACCAGGAGGAGGUGUCUGAGCUGAGCGGCCGUCUGGAGAGAGAGCUGUGUGAGCAGAGACACAGUCUGGAGGAGGAGCAGAAGAGACAGAUCAGCCUUAUCAAACAGGUGAACGAGAGAGAACACCAGAGGAUGCUGUUGGAGAUGAUGUCACAGCAGAGGGAGGAGCUAAGCCGUUUGAAGGCAGAGCUAUCAGGGGACCAGAGGGAGAGCAUGGAGACAGCCCACCAAGCAGAGCUACUGCAGAUACAGAGCCAACAGGCUCUGGAGCUGGAGGCGCUGCGUCUGAGCCUGACCAACCACCAAACGACCCAGCUUGAGCUCUCCCAGACCAACCUGCAGCGGGAGCGGGAGGCCUCUCUAAGCGAGCUCCAGGCUUCCCUCAGGGAGAAGUGGGCCCAGGAGAGGGCCGUGCUGCAGGCCAGACAGCAGUUUGAGGUGGAGAGGCUGAGAGCUGAGAGUGAGGAGAGGAUCCAGCGAGAGCAGCAGGAGUAUCACAGGAACAUGGAUGCUCUGAGGCAGGAGUGUGAGAGUCGUGUCUCCCAGGAGAGGGCGUCCAUGGAGGAGCGGCAGGCUGCAGAAAUAGUGGCCUUGAGAUCCCGGUGGCAGCAGGAGUCAGAGAAGGCCCAGUCAGAGCUCCAGACACAGCUGUCAGAGGCUCGGGUAUCAGUCUCCUCUACCCAGGCAGCCUUCACCCAGACUGGCGCAGAUCUGUCCGAGGCCCGGGCUAGCCUGGAGGAGCUCCAGAGGCUGGAGGGGGAGCUGAGCCAGGCCUGGACCGACAGGGACGCUGCUGCCCGUGCAGUGGAGGAUCUGGUGUCCAGACAUCAAGUGGUGCUGCAGGAGAGAGAGGAACAAACACGGCAGCUACAGCAGGAGGUGUGUCGUCUGCAUGGGGAGCAAGUGACUCUGAGACAGACUUGUGACCAAGAGGUCGCUCAGCUAGACAACAUGAGGACCAACCGCCAGGAACUGGGAGAGUUGAAGGAGCAGCUGCUAGCUCGUUCGUCGCGGGUGGAUGACAUCGAGCGUCUGCAGGCGGAGUUUAACGAGCAGAGGCGGGAGAUCAAUGAGCAGAACGAGGUCGAGCUGGAGAACCUGAGGAGGUACUUUGAGCAGCGUCUGCGAGUAGCAGAGGAGAGCUACCGGGAGGAGAUAGCCCUGCUGCAGCUGAGACUGGUGGAGGGAGCCUUGGAGGACUCUGUACUCAAGACCCAGGAUGCUAGUUUCCUGUCUGAAGGGAGAGGGGAGGAGGAGAGGAACGAUGUUCUGGCUGAGAUCACACUGAAACUGGAGAAACACCAGGAGGCGUUUGACCAGCUGCGUGUCCAGUUGGAGGAGAGACACACUAAGGAACUGUCUAACCUACGGUCCUCUCUGGCCCUGUCCUACAGAGAGGAGCUGCUACAGGUGCGUUUGGACCUGACUGAUCGUUACUAUGGAGACCUGCAGGAGCUGAAGACUCACCAUGCCCUCGAGAUGGAACAACUCCGUGCUAAACUGUCAGACAGCCAUGUCAGAGAGCUGACGAGGGUGCGUCUGGAGGCUGCCAGACAGGUGGAGGUGGAGGUGGAGCAUAGGAUGUGGUGUCACUCUGAGGAGCUGCAGACCAGAACGACCAUGAUCCAGAGCCUGGAGACACAACUGGCUGCCGUGGCAGACACACACAACAUGGAGCUACGCUCACGCACUAUGAAGCUGAAGCAGAGCUUUGCUGAGGAGCUGGGUGUGAAACUAGCAGAGGAACGUGUGAUGGAGGAGAUGACCCUGAGGAGAGCGGAGGAGGUGCAGAGGCUCAGACAGGAGCUCCAGGAGGAGGGGGAGGCACGGGUCUCUGCCCUGAGAGAGGAGAUGGAGAGAGGGAUGGCAGCGGAAAGGAAAGCUCUGGAGAAAAGGAUUGAGGAGGCGAGAGCAGCGCUCAGGAGUCUACAAGCCUCACUGGACAACAACCAGAACCCCCAGGCGGUGGCAGUGAGACAAAGACUAGAGUCCCAGUACGAAGCUGAGCUGGCCAGGGCCAAGUCCACCGUGGCUGCUGAGGUCAAGGAGCUGACCGCUCUGCUUCAGGAGCAGGGAGACCAGAGGCUGCACCAAGCCCAGGACAGGUUCCAGGAGGAGAGGGAGGAGUUGGAGCAGCGUCUGGCCCAGCAGGAUGAGGUUUCUCUGGGGGAGCUGAGGGAGGAACACAUGGCCGCCAUGGAACUCCUGAAAACCACGCUACUGACCAACCACACGAAGGACAUGGACACACUACGAACCAAUCACAAAGUAGAACUGGAGUCCUUGUUGGCCAAUCACAAGGCUGAGCUCAAAGCAAUGGCAACGGAGAUCGCAACAAAACACAAGGAGGAGCUUGUUGUCUUGGAAACCAGCCUUGAAUCAAAACGCAAGGCAGAGCUCGAUCGCCUGGAGGCAGUCCUACAGGAAACCAAUGAGGCUCAGCUAGAGGCACAGGAGGCAGAGUUAGAACACCGGCAUCAGGAAGAGAGGGAAGAGCUGGAGAAGAGGAUGCUGGGUAAUAUGGACACACUGGAGACCACGUACCUGAGGGAGAUCCAGACUCUACGCUAUCAGAAGUCACAGCUUGAGGCGGAGCAUAUGCGGGAAGUGGAGUGUGAUGGGUUGGAGCAGCAGUCUGUCAGGGAGGAGCUGAGGAAGAAGCUGGCUCAGCUUCACAUGGAGAAGUUUAGCGCCAUGGCAACAGAGCUCAGCCACACCCACCAGAAUGAGUUGACAAUCCAGAGAGAGGCCUUAGAAGCUGAACACCACACGGCUCUGGAGGCCCUCAGGAAAAAGGUCUUGGAGUUGGCGCGACAGCACUGCACCGCCUUAGAGGAGCUCACACGCACCUACACCUCAGAGACACAGCAACUCAACACACAGCACCAGCAGCAGCUUCAGGAGCUAAAGAGUGCGUCUGUGAGAGAGCUACAGGCGUGUCGCCGGGAGCUGGAGGAGUCAUUGUCACGGCAACGGCUGCACUUCCUGGAAGAGGUUGAGCUUCUGAAGGCCCAAGCAGAGGAGAGACGUCAGCACAAGAUCAGCCAACUGAAGGCGGAGUUUGAGGAGCAGAAGGAGGCGGAGCUAGCAGAACAGAGGCAGAGCUUCGGUGCUGAACACGAGCAGAAGGAACAAAGCUACGCCGACAAGAUGAGCCAGCUCACUGCACAACUGCUACAGCUGGACACUGUGGUGUCACAGCUGCGAGCGGAGGUGUGUAGUCUACAGGGGGAGUUGGAGGGGAAGAGGUCAGAGAUGGAGACCCUGGAUACACUCCUCCAGCUGCGAGCGGAGGUGUGUGGUCUACAGGGGGAGUUGGAGGGGAAGAGGUCAGAGAUGGAGACCCUGGAUACACUCCUCCAGCUGCGAGCGGAGGUGUGUGGUCUACAGGGGGAGUUGGAGGGGAAGAGGUCAGAGAUGGAGACCCUGGAUACACUCCUCCAACGGCGAGAACGAGAGAGUCAGGAGGGAGGCAACCUCCUCAACAUGCUUACUGAGGACCUACACACUGCCAAGGAGGAGAGGCACACUCUCCAGUCAGCCAAUGAGAGGCUGAGGAAGGUUCUGAUUGAGGUGGUUCUGAGCACCAUGGCAAUGGAGGAGCUAAUUGGCUGCCGGGUCAAAGCCUGUGUCGGGGUCAGAGGUCAUGAUCGGGGUGAGAGGCCAGGAGAGGAAACAACCAAUCAAGAGGCAGCAGACAUGUCGACAGGCGCUCUAGAUCUCUCUCAGCGUGUGUGUGAGAGCCUUCUACUGGCAGAGUCCCAAAGAAACUCUGGAGGAGAGGAAGCAGCCCUGGGAGAGGAAGCAGCCCUGGGAGAGGAAGCAGCCCUGGGAGCCUGCAGCCAACUACGCCACUCUGUGGACACACUCCUGGAGCUCCUCACACGCGCUAGCACACAGUUGGAGGAGUCUUGUUCUGUCCAUCUGUCUCUGGAGGAGAGAUUUUCCCAGGGCCGUUCAGACUCCUCCCAGAUGCUGCUCCAACACCAGCUCGUGUUGGAUCAGCUGGACCAGGAAGCGGGACUCAAGAGCAAGCUCCAGCUGGAGCUCCACAAGGCCGAAGGUCUGUUGGAGGGCUAUGUGGCUGAGAAGGCAACUCUGGAAGAAUCUCUACAACAAAAGGAGGCUCAGGAAGAACGGCUUGUUGAUGAGCUAGAGGGCCUCCGGGCGCAGCUGCACCAGAUGGAUGGCCUCACGGUGGAGCUGGAGGGCCUCAGGGUGCAGCUGCAUCAGAAGGAAGGCCUCACCUCUGAGCUAGAGGACCUCAGGGUGCAGUUGCAGGAGCUAAGCGAGGAGCAAAGUCUCCUCCAGCGCCAGAAGGUCCAUCUCACCGCCGGACUGGGAGAGAGAGAAAAGGGCCUCCUCGUUGAGGCAGAUCGUCUGGCCCAGGAGAGGCUGUGUGUGCAGCGGCAGGCGGCGAAAGACCGCAGCUCACUGUCUCUGCGCCUCAGGGCUCUGGAGACCGAGCUAGAGGAACAGGAGAACCAGGGCCUCACGGCGGAGCAGCAGCACAGGGCUCAAUCAGAGGACCUCCAGCAGCGCGUCCAGGCCCUCGAGAAACAGCUCAAACACGACAGGCAGUUUAUAGACGAGCAGGCAGUGGAGCGGGAACAUGAGAGAGAUGAUUUCCAACAGGAGAUCAGAAGUCUGGAGGCUCAGCUCAGACAGCCAGCCAGACACACUGCCGGGGCCAGCAAGGGCCAGCGGAUUGAGGACUUGGUUCUGCAGGUGGAGAGCCUUCAAGCCCUCAUCAGGGACAAGACAGAAGACCACACCUCCCUGCUGGCAGCCAAUCAACAGGUCCAGCUUGAGGUUGCUGAGCGCAAUGAGGAGAUUGACAAGCUGGCUGGGCGAAUUAGGGAGCUGGAACAGGCGUUGCUAAGCAGCUCCGAGAGCAGCAGAGCUGUCAGUCAACUGGAGCAGGAGCUGCGCAGAACUCGGCAGAGGGAAGAGGAGCUCACACAGGAUAAGGAGUCAUUGCAGCAGCAGCAGUUGUCAAAUCGUCUCCAGAUUUCAGCGCUGCAGUCUAAACUGGACGAGACCCGUCACUGUUACCGUGACAACAAUGCUAGCACCCCCGACCCCAUCCAGCUUCUCCGAGACGCGUUGGACACCGCACAGCAAGACCUGCAGAACAAGGAGCAACAGGUGUGUGUGUUGGCUGGUCAAAUGGAGGAGACUCAGAGAGACCUGACCAUAAAAGAGGCGGCGUUAAAACACCUCACUCUCCAGCUGGAGCUCCUGACCAAUCAGAACACGGAUACCAUCACCCAGCUUCACGACCAAGUCGCUUCUCUCAAAGAGACAGUUUCAGCCCUUACCUUUCGCCUGGAGGAGAGGGAGAUAGGAGAGGAGGAGAGUCUCCCAUCUGCUCUGUUAGAGGAGAAGAAUGACGAGAUAGACCACCUGACCCAGGAGAUACACAAGCUAGAACUGGAGCUGGAGACAGCCGGGGACAUCACGGCCUUCCAGACAGAACUUGAAGACCUCCGCUCCCAGGUGGAGCACCUCCGCUGUGACAUCAUCAGGGUGCGUCAGGACAAGCAGGAAGAGGAGGAGCGGUUUCACGAGGUCAUCAGCACGCUACAAGCUGAGCUAAACACCCUUGGCCCCGCCUACCACGAGGUCAGCGACCUAUCACAAGAGGGCGACAGUGUUAACCCUUCAUCUGCUCCCAGCCCGGAACCUGCCAAGUACCCCCAACCAGAGAGAGGAGGAGGAGAGGGCGACAGUCUUAAGAAGGAGAUGCGUCUCCUCCACUCUUCAUCUUCUCGUUCUCGUGUGGAGGCCCUGCAGGGGCAGCUGGAGGUGACGGUGGGAGAGAAGGAGGCGAUGGAGAGACUGCUGCUCUCUCAGGAGGAAGAGUACAGAGGACAGGGGGAGGAGAUGGGGAAGAGGCUCAGGGAAGAGAGGGAGAGAGGGGAAGAAGUAAAGAGAGAACUCCAUCUAAAAGAGGCAGAGCUUGAAGAGGUGAGAGCCAGGAAAGAAGGGCUGGAGGAGGAGAGAGAUGCAGCUGUGGAGGAGAGCAGUCGCUGGCAGGCUCUUGCCCAGGAGACUAACUCCCUGCGAGGGGAGAAAACUCGGCUAGACUCCCUGGUCCUGGUGCUAAAAUCAAGGGUUGAAGAGCGGGAGAAAGAGACUGAAGCCCUUCUACAGACCUUGGUGGCUGUCGAGACAGCGAAGGCAGAACUUUCGUCAGAACGCGAGGCCCUGCGGAAGAAGGAGUGCAGACUCCAAGAGGAAAUAGAACACCUCCAGCAGGAAGUAACCUCUCAGAGGGCCUGCCUCCAGGAAGUCAGCCGUCAACUAGAGGAGAGGCGAGCCAACCAGGAGGAGGCUCAGAAGGAAGUGCUGACAUGUGCUGAGGAAACUCUGGCGAAGGCUGACGCUGCCCUGCGACAGAGGGAGGAGGAGCUACAGAGACUAGGGGCAGAGCAUCAAGCCCUGGAGGCAGAGUUAGCAGCUGUGAAGGAGGGUCUUUGCUCCAGCACAGAGAGAGCUGAGAAACUACUGGAGGAGGGACAGACCAAGGACCGGGCCCUGGUUGACCUGGAAACCAAUAACCAGCAUCUGAAAGCGGAGCUCCGGGGCCUACAGGAAGACCUGGCCGUGCAGGAAGAGGAGCUGGCCUAUCAGCAACAAGAACUGCUGCAGCUCAGACAGACCUGCAACCCGCACAGCAGACAGACACACUCAUUGAAGGACGUCACGCCCAGAGGAUUCCAGGACGGUGUGUCUCCCAACGAGUCCCUGAGUUCUCCCGAGGUUCUCCGUCGACUGGACUGUUCUGAUGAGAGAACCAGAGAGGACAGGUUCCACCCCUCUGUUCUCCACGGUUCUAGACUGUCUGACCUCAGUGCUUUAAACAGCACAGGCCUGGGGCUCCAGGCUAAAGCCUCCCCCCGGGUAAGGAAAGACCAGUCCUGUCCAGGGACAAUCAGCCCAGAGCUGGGCACACACAGCACCCACUCCCCUGGGUCCAUCUCUGCCUCGGACAACCUCUCCAUGUUGGACUCAAUGGACGCUGACAAGGUGCAUGAGCUGGAAGCCCUGGACCUGACGGCUCCUCCCUCAUCUCUUGGCUCCGCCUCUCCUCUGUCUGCAACGGAGUGGGCCAGUGAUGGAUAUGGCAGCAAUGUCAGUUCAGAGCUCGGUGUAAGACUCAAGGUAGAGUUGGAGCAGACAGAGAGGCUGGACGCACAGUUCUUGGAGUACCUGCGUUGUCGAGGCAUGAACCCCGCAACCAACACACACACAGACAACACACACACAGGCAGCGCCGCCGGGAGUAUGAGCUACAACGACGAAUUGUUGUCUCCUGAACUACAAGGUCUGUUGAAGAGAGUGUACCAGGAGAGCUGCAGGGUUCUCGCCCUCUCCCAGCGUAACGCCCCCUCUAACCACCUCUCAUUGGACCAGACGAUCUGUCAGUUAGACUCUAAAGCUCCUCCAAUGUGUUGGGAGCAGGAGAAGAGGGCGUUACAGGAAACUGUCAUCGCUCUGAGAGAACUGCUAUGUCGGAUGGCACAAAGACCGGAGAACUCGGUGGAUGCUGGUUGGAGCAGAGGGCUGCAGGCUGCAGUAAGGGGUGUGUUUGACUGUGAGAGGGCAGGGCUUCGCUCUGAGCUGCAGGCCUUUCUCUCCUCCCACCCUGAGAUAGACUCCAUCCACCUCCUCCGUCAGCUGGAAACACUGCUACAGAGACAGGAGCAGCAGCAGGGUCUGCAGCUGCAGCACUCCCAGGGGGAGGAGUCAUCUAAAGGGGAGGUGUUAUCCAGGCUGAGGGCGGAACUAGAGGAGAGCAGAGAGCGACUUAACUCCUCCCACAGCACCCAGCAGGAACUACAAAACGAGAUCCUUAAACUCAGGCUGUGUAUAGAGGACUGUGAGGAGGCUGUAAGGAGGGAGGAGACCAGAGUCCAGGAGCUACAGCAGGAGCUGGACCAGGAGAGAACUCUCACACACCUCCGGGAGAAGGAAGAGGAGCAGCAGAGAUCAAAGGUUGUGUCCCUGAGGGGUCUGCUGGACCAGGAGAGGACGACCUCUAGUAACCUCCGACAGGAACUCCAGAUAGAACUCUCCCGCGGCCACCUCCUCCAAUCACAGCUCGACACACGGCUAGCCGAUGCCCACAAGGAGCUGGAGGAGGAGUGUGCCCGUUCCGCCCGGCAACUCGACACUUUCCAGUCACAGGAAAAGAGUCGGCUGGAACACUUCCUGAAAGAGGCCGAGUCCCGCCUAGCCGACGCCCACAUGAAGGAACUGGAGGAGGAAUGCGAGCGCUCCGCCCGGCGUCUCGAUGACAUCACACGCAGACAAGAAGCGGACGCGUCCCGAGACAGGAAGUUCAUCUCGGAGCUCCGCUCUCAACUGGAGCAGGAGAGGAGGCAGGGGGAGGAGCUAGCCACCGUGACAGAUGGACUGAGGGCGGAACUUCUGCAGAACCAGAGGAGAGUAGAGGAGGAAGAGAGGAAGAGGAGAGAGGAGGCACAGAGAGAUCAGGAUGCUGCAGCCCGCCUCCGAGUUACUAUGGAGACACUCAAGGAGCAGAAGCAGGAGGCUAGUCGAGCAUUGGAGACUGAGAGAGAGCGUUCUGGUCGCUUAGGGGCGGAGCUCAAUGUGCUGAGGGAGAGGCUUCGAUCGGUCAAUGACGAGGAGAGGGAGCGGGAGGAACAGAGGGAGAGGAGGAAGGAGAGACAUGAGCAGACGGUGAGAGAGAGGCGACACGAGAGAACCAGCAACAAACUGUGUGAAUUGGAGUUAUUGUGGCAGCAGGACCAGCAGAGGAUGAGACAUCUCCAGCAGACUCUGGCUGAGCUAGAGAGGGAGGAGAGAGAGAUGGCCACAGAGAGACUGUCCAACCGACACCAGUACAACUCUAGCCCAUUCCAACCCAAGAAUAACACAUCGACUGGGCCAGACCAGACCAGCACAGCCCUAUACAACCACCAGUCUUCGUCUUCUUCCUCGGUGCUGGGGGAGAGGUUGUUGAGGGAGAACUCUGACCUGUCGGCCCGCGUGAAAGAGCUAAGUCAGGAGACAGUUAACCUGAAACACACCCUGUCCUGUCUGGAACGACAGCUACGACAGGCAGAGACUGAGAACCGGCCCAGCACUGACCUCAGCAACAGCAAGCGACUGUAUGAGCGCUAUCUACGGGCUGAGAGCUUUAGGAAGUCUCUGGUCUACCAGAAGCGCUACCUUCUGCUCCUGCUGGGGGGCUUUCAGGACUGUGAACAGGCAACUCUCUGUCUUAUCGCUCGGAUGGGGGCGCACCCCUCGCCCCCCCACGCCCACACACACUCUCCCCUCUCACGCUUCAGAGCUGCAGUACGAGCUGUCAUCGCCAUCUCACGACUGAAGUUCCUGACCAGGAAGUGGCAGAGAGUCAUCAGGAGAGGAGUUACAACAACUGUCACUGUCAACGGACACAGCACAGCUUCCAGGACUGAGGUUUUGAGGCAGCAGCAGCCACUGGCCAAUCACAACUCCUCUCCACCUACUAGAGACAGCAGCCCCACCCGUAAGGGUGUGGUUUCACCAAUGAAAUCACCCUUCAGGCUGCAAAACCGAGUGUAUUCCAACCCGGUCCUGUCCUCUGAGUGUGCUCUGUCCAGUGUUCUGUCCCAGGAUGCCGAGCGGUCUCUGACAGACUACAUCCACCACCUGGAGAACGUACAGCAACGCCUGGGGGCUGCACGUCCAGACUCUCCAUCUCUUCUCUCCUACCACAAGAAGUCUGACUGCUGAAGGAAGGAAUGAAGACGUGUAUGAAUGCCUCCUUUCAAUGCAACAUAUUUAUGAUCCAUCUGUGUUCAAAUAUACAAGGGAAUGUAUUUGUCUAAUAUCUGAUUUAGAAAGUUAGACACUUUUUUAAAAAGACGAAUGUAUUUUUUUACAAUUACUUUUUUCCACAGAUAUUUCUGUCGGCCUCCGAGUAAAUCCUAAGAGGUCUUCUCACCCGAAUGCAUGUGUUUUUGAAAGUAUUAGAUCGAUAUUUUUCUACCCGACUUUUAUUCAAGUUUGUAUCUCUGAUUCUGUAUAUAUGUUCGCUGUUAAUAUUUGUUAAAGUUUCAUGUGGAUAAAUGUGUCAAGUUUCAGACUGGAAUUCUGAGCUAGAUCAAAGCUGGUGAACAUGUUUUGUCAAUGAUUUUAAUUACAAUUUUUUAUAGAUCACCAUUUCUACAAAAUCAAUAAAUAUUUGAAUUGUGUGAUUACCUGC